AUGGAUGACCAUUUUCGUAUUCGAACAUUCCAAAAUGGAGCUUUGUAUGAAGGUCAUGAGGUCUUUUACUAUAUCAUCUCCAACAACGAUCAAACUCUCUUCCGUAUGAUGAAAAUUGAUAGACAAGUUGCUACUCAAUUGUCAAUCCAUGUUGAUGGAAUGAUUUAUAAUGCUAAAGAAGUGAACACCAAAUUAAAACUCUUUUACGAAAAAAGCCAUCGCAAUGGAGGUGCUGUGCGCCAUAUUACCUCUACUUAUGGCUUAUUAGGCUUUGUCAGAUUUCUGGAAGGUUAUUAUAUUAUAGUGAUUACAAAAAGGGCUUGUGUUGCAACCAUUGGUGGACAUUAUGUUUAUUGUGUUGCUGAUACUAAAAUGGUCUAUAUACCUACCGAUCAACGUAAUAAUCGCUCUGAAGAGACGAAGACCUUACAAUACAACAUGACUGCAUCAAAGUUAAACGCUGAUCCAUCAAGAACUGCAGAAAGCGAGCAUGUACCGUGUUCUAAAUUUAUCUGGAAUAAGUACUUAUUAUCAGGCAUAGAGCACAAGCUUCAUCCUGAUUGGAUUCUCCAUGUUAUUCACGGCUUUGUAGCUCAAUCAGAUCCAGAAAAUAUGCAGGGUGAUGUAGCCAAUGACGUCGAAACGGAACAGAUUGUUUUCGAUACCAUUGUAACGUCUCUGCAAAGUGGCCGAUUCACAUCGUAUGUACAGCUACGUGCUUCCGUUCCUGCAUAUUGGUCACAGGUAUAUUCUGGGAUGGCUCCUAAGCCACCAAUAUCUGUGGAUAGAGUAGAUCCUUAUGCAGUAGCUGCUGGACACCAUUUCAAUUUCUGUUUAAAACACUAUGGAGCUCCAAUAGUUGUUUUGAACCUCGUCAAGAAAAAGGAUAAAAAGCCUUUUGAGUCACUAUUGAGUAAUGAACUAGAAACUACGAUCGAAUAUUUAAAUCAAUUUCUGCCCAAUGAGCAUAAAAUACAAUACGUAGCUUGGGAUAUGUCGCGUGUAUCUAAACGGAAGGAUGGGGCCGUUAUUUCUUGGUUGGAAAAAUUUGCUGAAGAAUCUAUCAAAAAAACCGGUUUCUUCCAUAGUGGACCUCAACUUCACUUUCAUAAGAUGCUUGGUGAUAGUUUGAAGAGCCAAUAUGGUCAUGGAUAUUCAGAUUCAGGCUGUUUACAGACUGGUGUUUUACGGCUAAAUUGCGUGGACUGUUUGGAUAGAACGAAUACAGCGCAGUUUAUGAUUGGAAAAAUAAUUCUUGCAGUACAGUUGUAUUCUUUAGGUAUCUUGGAUAGUUUAGAUAUCCAAUUUGAAACCCCAGCGGUCAAAUUACUGGAAGAAUUAUAUGAAUCACAAGGAGAUACACUUGCCUUGCAAUACGGCGGUUCACAAUUGGUUCACAGACCAUGGGAAGAAACCGAAAGUUUAUGGGAUCUACGUAGUGACUACCACCUUCAUAACAAGCCCAAAAAGAAAUCAUAUGCCGUUAUUAUUAGUUAUACUCAAUGGCUUGAAAGAGAAGUCUUUGAUUACUUGCCAUAUCCAUAUGGAAUGAAGUUUUUUCGAAAAAUUGAGAAGCGUAAAGAUAAAAGCGAAAAAUAUGACCUGUUUUAUGAAUUUUAUCGACCUUUCAGUUAUACUUCCUUGGAAUGGUGCUGGGGAAAUUAUAUCUUUUCUACUCGCAAGACUUUCGCGCCGCCUUCAGUAGUUGACCCACACCCGUUUACUGCUUAUGCUAGUACUAAGCCAGUUGUUAAAGGCAUUUAUCAGUAUUAUGUCUGUAUUUGGAAACGCGUUCGUAGCAAAUAUAAGAUUGCUCCUCGAAAUGUUGCUGGAACUCCAUCACUGAUUGAUGAGGAAGGUAGUAGUGAUGAAGAUGGAAGAAUCAGUAGCGACGAAGAAUCUAAACCAAUGCCUACAUCUGCAACUAGAGAUAGUGUCCGUCAUCGAGAUCAUACAGCAAGUUUGCAGAGAACGCCAUCAUUGAACAAGAAAGAUUUAUAUGAAGCGGAAUUACAGGAACUACCACCCAAAGAUGUGUCGGAAAUGGAAAGGUACAUUCACGUUGAAAAUUUCAUAAGUGCUACGCCUUUGGGUGAUUCGGCAUUGGAAGGCUCCUACACCAAGAUUACAGAAAAAUAUGAACCGCACUGUGACCUCCAUGAUAUUGUCGAUCCCGAUUCCUUUAAAGCCUUUAAAAUAGCGUGCGAUAUUGGUGUAAAUGAUCAACAAGGACCCUGUACCUUAGUUACAAAUAAAUAUCAGUGA